CACAGGACUGAGCGGGCGAGCUGCGUCCCGCCUCCAGCAACCUUCUGAGGAGAGAGUCCACAUAAUGGCAGGAAGCACAACACGGGCUGAAUGACAGUGAGCGCAGCCUGCAGUGGACGCUGAGCAGAGGCUAGCCCUGCUGCAGCCUGGGUGUGCUGGGACUACGUGAGCGGCAGUGCGCUGGGUGCAGGCUUGUGUGGGUGGCCUUCAUGGAGAUGCUUCUGUGACAGUCACUGAUGCGUUCAGCUGCCCCUGAGGAUGUGAGUGGACGGAGCCUCAAGGUCCCUGGAAGUUAUUACAUGGAUUCGAAUCAACGGGGAAGUCCAAUAGCACAGCCUUAUCUGGGGGAGCCAGUGAGUAGUUCCAUAAUUCAUUGCUGCUUGCAGUGUGUGCUGAGAGAGUGCACCAGGCUGCUGUGCCAGGGUGCUGUAGCGUGAAGAAGGGAAUGUCCCUUUGAAUCUGACAAUGAAAAUACCUAUAGGAGAGAAAUUACAGUAAAUGUACAGAACUCCGCUGGAAGGAAGAGGAGGGGGAGAUCCAGAGCUUGAAGAAUGAGAGAGCAUCUCCGAGACCCAGCGCUCACAACUAAAGUGUAACACUUGCGGACGGUUUCUGAGACCUGAGUAGGGUUAGAUCUUAUUAUAUUUUUCUAUCAAGAUUUUUCUUUUUUCUUUUGUCACUGGUUUCCAUCAUUGGAUGCUAUGGCUCAUCGUAGGAGAGGAAGCUAUGACCAUCGGGACAUCGUGGUAAAAUACAUCCAUUAUAAGCUGUCACAGAGGGGCUAUGAAUGGGAGGAAGGGAGACAGAUUUCUUCUGGCUUUCCAGCGACUUCUGCUGCUAACAAUAAUCUUACUAAUGACGGAGAGGUGUCUGCCGUACCUGGUGGUCCAGCUGGACAACCUCUUGCUUCAGAUUUGCCUGCUGCUUCCUCUUCAGAUAAUGAAUCUCAGAGUAAUUUUCCAGUACCACUUCUAGACAAUGCACCUGCUGCUCCCAGAAGCUCUACAUCUGCUGCAUCCCCCAUCCCUUCACCCCAGGCAGAUUUGGAUGUUGCCCAGAGAGAAGGGAAUGUUGAUGAAGAUGCUGGUCAACCGCUUGGUGAAGGUAAUGGUGAAGUCGCCCCUUUACAACCUGUUCCACCUGCAUUAUUCCAGACACUGAGUCGUGCAGGAGAUGAGUUCUCCAAUUUGUACCAGCAAGACUUCAGACAUAUCUCAGGGCUCCUCCACCUGACCCCAUCCACAGUUCGUCUUCGUUUUGCCGCUGUGGUGGAGGAGCUCUUUCAUGAUGGGGUAAAUUGGGGCAGAAUUGUGGCUUUUUUUGAGUUUGGAGGAGUCAUGUGUGUAGAGAGUGUGAAUCGUGAGAUGUCCCCUUUGGUGGAUUCCAUAGCUGGAUGGAUGACCGAGUACCUGAAUAGGCAUCUGCAGAACUGGAUCCAAGAACAGGGAGGAUGGGAGGCUUUUGUUGAACUAUAUGGAAACAGUGUUCGCCCUCCUUUUGAUCCAAUGUGGCCCUCCAUCAAGACCAUCCUAAGUAUUGCUGUAAUCGGAGCCUGCAUCACUUUAGGAGCCUACCUGGGAAACAAGUGAUCAUCUUUGAAGGCUUUUUCAUCUGAUGAGAUCACUUAAUAAAAAGAGACUGAUCUGUAUGGCUAAAGGACCAACUGUCAUAUCAGCUAUAACUGCCAAAGGAGGUUUAUUUCUUUAUUCUAGAGUUGUUUCCUUUUUUAUAAAAGAUUUAUUUAUUAAAGUUUUUGGAUUUCAAGCUAUGCCUCACCAUCCUGACCGUUACAUGUAGCACUUAACAAGUUAUUUUUUUUUCAUAGUUACUUUCACAUACAAGAUUCUAUUAUCACCUCCACGUAUUGUUUGGUUGCCUGAUUAUUGGUUGACUUACCACCAUUAAAAUUCCCACAUUUUGUUUUGUCUUAGAACAUUAAACCUAUUAAAAUUUCUUGCCAGUAUUUAUAUUCAGCUGUAUAAUUUAAUUGUGACUUUCAAGCUUCUUUAUAUUAAUAUUCCUUCCCAUAGUAAAAAGUUUGGUAGCCAUAGAUGGGAGCAGAUGAUCAGAAACGCCACAUAUGCCCUUAUUAUUCAUCUAGUAUUCUCUAGUACUAAGUUGGUUCUCUGGAAAGAAUCUGCUAUCAUCUUAGUCAUCUCUUAGCACCAUGUGCCUAACUAACUAGAGUUUCCAAUAGCCUUGCUUCAAGUAUCAUGAGUAAAUAGAAAUCGAGCACCAUCCAGGGAGCAGACAGUACUUUACUAUUACUACGUAAGUCACUGCAUUUUGAUCAGUAAUAUGGUAUAUACAGUGUACAUGCAUGGAAGUAUCUUGCAGAUCGCAUGUAAGAAACAGUGGACAGUUGGUCUGAUAAUUGCCACUCAAGGCAAAACGAUCACAAUGUAAUGCAGUGCUCUAGACAACUGAAAGACAGUGAUCAUCAACCAGUGGCUAUCAACCUCUGGUUGAGCAUCCAACCGAUGGACAGUGACCUCAUUGCCCAUCUCUUAAGAGUGAAGAGUGUCGUACUGCAAUUGAGACUGGCUUAUAUUUUGGCUAACCAAAUCUGAUCUGGCAACCAAACUGAUAAGGUUCCCUAGUUCACUCUAUCAUAUAUAACAUGUCAUGUAAGCUUACAUUAUGCUAUAAAAGGGGCUCAUUUCAGCUUUCUAAUUGCUUGGUUAGAAGUUAGAACUACUGUUAGUUUAAGUUCUAAGUUACUAAACAACCGAAUGUUGCAACCAAAAUGCAAUACAUUCUAAUGCAGAUCCAGGUGUGGUCUCCAGGUGAAAUGGGUCUGUCUGAGUCUAGCUAGCUAUACAUACAGUAACUGCACCUUAUGUAUUAAAAGGCCACUAUCAUAAAAAAUGUACUACUGAUCUUCCUAAAGGGUCUUAAUUAGAACAUAUAGCACUUAUCAGUUUUACACGGAAUACCAGUGUACAACUUGUCAUUUUACUGUCAAGAUCCAUCUUCAGGAUCUUAUGUGGGAUAUUCAGUAUCUUAAUCCAAAUGGAUUAUUGCUAAAACAGUACAGUAAAGCAGUAAGAUAUUUUUAAAUAUAAAUUAAAUAAAAUGGAGCAGAAGAUAAUGGAAAAUGAGAUGCAGCUGCUGUGCUUGACGCAUUGUAGGAACCAUUGAGGGCUGUGUUUCCAAUUAAAUAAAUCAAUUAGAAACCCAGUAUAUUACUGCUAACCAUAACAUAAUUCUGUUUCUUAAUCCUAUCCUGCCGGCCUGCCUGUUGCUGCAUUCAUGUAAAAACAGUAAUAAUAGCAUCCAUCUCUUCACGUAAGAUAAAACCAAUCUCUGCCUUUAAGGCACAAGCUAAGCCCUCAACCUUUUGACCAAACCCUACUUUUUUUAGUCAUAGGGUGUAUAUAUACUAAGACUGACAAUAGAAAUGUAUAAAUUUGACUCAUCAGAUUUGAGUCCAUGCUCAAAUAAUUGAAAUCUGUGCCAGCUAUGAGCUAGCCCAGAUUUGAGGUAUAAUUUACACCAAUUUAUGGUGUACCAUAAAUGUGGGCAGCCACAGAAGAUGAGAGAAGUGAAAAGUCACAUAAAAUCUAUGAUAAACAUGCCCCAGUAUAUUUAAUUUUUGUCAUUCUUUUCUAAGUUUUUAGUGUCCCUUCAUGGAAGCCCUUUAAGGGGGUGGUCUCAUUUGGGAACUAAAGAAGCAUCUGAUUGAAUUUUAAAAAAAGAGGUCUUCUGUUCAGAAAUCUAAUCUUUUAUCUACAGUGGCGAUCAGGUAAAAAGGUCCAACGUUGAGAAACCCCUUAGAGGAAAGAGUCAUAAGUAAUUAUGCAACAUAACCCCUGAUUGAGAGGCUUAGUCAUGAUAGUGUCCUUUUAAUGACAUGUUCAAUAGUGCAAUUUGUAUGUUUCCUAUAUAUUACGGUACAGGACAUUUAAAGGCUUGUAUGCUGCAUUACGUCUAUAGAUCUCAGUGCAUGCAAGUCAAACGUUAGUUUUCUUGAAAUAACUUAAUUCUAUGCUCCACAGUACACAUACGGCAUACAGAUUUUGGAAGUAGACUGUAUGUAUUCAUGUGGUUUCUAAGGAUUAAAGUGAACGACAUCACAGUGAAGUCUGAAUUGUAAAUGUCGGCGAAAAAAUAAUAUAGCUCCUUUAACUGCAUUGCGUAUAGAAGAAAAGGUGAACUAAACCAUAUUCACCAAUCAAAUACAGUCCUGGUGUUUUUUGUUUUUUUUUGCCAGGCUUGCACUAGACAGGUCAAUGCUACUGUUGAUUGGUUGUAUUGGUCCGCUGCAGACCUUGUACCCCAACGUAAUGCUGUUAAAUUAGCUGUACUGUCUUUUCUUCUGUUCACAUAUUUGUAACAUGUAGGGAAACAAUUGUGCAAUGCGACAGGCUAGAUAUGCAGACCUUAGUUGUCUCUAUACGGUGGCACGUAGAAAUUAGAGACAACAGUUGGGCCUACUAAUAUCAUGUCCUGGAGUCUUGUCCUAUAGAAGCCCUUACUUAUUUUACUCUGAAGCAUACUAUUUUUUAUUUCCAAAACUAGUAUACAUAUAUAUUUUUUUAAGAAAAGAAACAUAUUUUUGUUAUAAGUCUUUAGUUGUGACCUUCUUAGUAGUAGGGUCUAAAUAGCUUUCUUUUAAUAAAUCCUGAAGUCAAACUAGUUGACGCUAGCACCCGUAAUAACGAUAUUACUAUAUUUUCAGCUUAACUCCAUCUCUUAUAUGAAUAGAAUGUAUUCACCUGCAAGAGAGAAUUAACCAAAAAUUAAAACUAAGCAAUAAGGAGAGUAACUAAACAUGUACUUGGAGAAGUUAACCAUGUACAUGUUACUCCUAAUACUGGGUAAACCAGGCGGUUAUGGGAGCGUACCGGUUACCUAUAUUGUAUUCUGUUCUACAUACUAUGGAGAAAUUGUUAACCACCAAUGGUUCAUUCUACUAAAAUGACGCGUGAUCUGUUUGGCUACAUAAAUAAUAGAUCAACGCAGGUUUACAUGUGCAUGACCAAACACCACUUAAGGUUCCUUGUUGUAUCUUUAUGUUAUACUAACAGUAACCACAGGUAAGAAUGGGGCUGUUGAUUCAAUGUUUGUGCAUGCAAUCUCUGUACUGUGUAGUAGCCAAAAGUUGCAAUGUUCCCACGGUUCUGAUUGAAGAGAAACAUUGGCAUGCAGUAGUAAAGAGAGCACUAUAACUUUAUGUACCACACAGCCCCUAACAAGCAUGUACUAAUGUUGUGAUGGUGUUGGCAUUGUAAGUAUAGCAAACUAGAAAUAUAAUGGACCUUGUUUUAGCCGUGUAGAAGAAAUGCUGCUUCCUACCAGUGUGCAUCUCAGCCUUUUAUAUUGCUUUUGAUUGUUCCAACAAUUCAUUAAGUGUAUUACAUUUGUUUUUUAUUGUAACUUUUUUUUUUUUUUUACAUUUUCUAUAUUGUAAUGAACGUGGUGUGUUGAGAAGGUAUGAAAAUCAACUGUAAAUACUGUUGGUCCAGGUUAAUGUGUUUUAGUUUUUGCUGUUUGGAGGAAGACAGGAAAGAUAGGGAAUGUUUAGCAGUCCGUUUGAUUGUAGUUUUCUUCAGGUCUUACAUACUGAGAGAUCUGAAUACGUACCUGAAAAGUAACCACAACCCACACACUGGUGCUUACCCCCAACUAUGCCACGAUGAAUAUCAAUCCAUUGAUUGUGUUGGUAUGAAAGUAUCGCCUCCAUCCACUUCAAAUUGUUAUAGGUCAAACUGUUGAGGUGCACCAUAGUCCCCCAUGAGAACGUCAUCUGAGUAUUUUUCAAGUACAUUGUUUUGGGUGAACAGGUAAAUAUUCAUUAAAAAAUCUGUAUCAAGCCAAACUCCGUUUGUGUGGGAAGUCAACUUCCUAUUCCUUUUUGCAAUGAGUAACGCUGCAGAAGGUUUAUGUAAGGAACUGAUUUAGAAGGGGUUUUCUAGUCAUCAUUAUCUGAUCGGUAGGGGUCCAAAUCCCUGCAUGUCUGCCAAUCAGCUGUUUGAAGUGGCCACAGAACUUCUGUGAGCACUGUGGCCUUUUCAUAGGCCAGUGACAUCACAUUCAUAGGUCCCAUGACCUAACACUCGUCUCACUGCCAUUCAAGUGAAUGAGCCUGGGCUGUAAUACCAAGUACAGCCACUAUACAAUGUACAGCAUUGUGCUUGGUUAGCUGUGAGGAGACUCUUCAAACAGCUGAUCGUUGGGGUCUGGGAGUCAGACCUCCACCAAUGAGAUUUUCAUGACCUAAUAUGAUUAUAGAUUAUCAAUAUAGGAGUCCCAGAAAACUCCUUUAAGUUGUCCAUAGACAAAACCCCUGGCUGAUACCUCUGUAUCUUUACAAAAAAGACUAAUCUCCCCUUCUUCCAUUAUAAUAACUAACCCACUUAGUUUAGUUGAAUGGGUAUAGAGAGGGAGGGAUAUUGCUGACAGACAACAUUUUGUUCACCCAAAAGCUCUCCUAGUGUGUCACAGACAGCACCAACCACCAUACCUGAUACCAGGAUGUAGCAGUUUUAGCUCGGGAGGUUAAGAAUCCAUUUACACUUCCAAUUUUUUUUAAUUUUUUUGAGGAGGCAGACUUUUAGCAGAAAUCCAUACAUAAUGGUCUGGAGGUUUGUUUAUUUUUCUGAACCCUUCCAGAACCUGAGUUGAUCUAUAGUAACAUGAAGUAGCGAGUUCAUCAUUCUAAAUUCUGUUCACAUAGCUCCAGUUUCAGUUACAAUUUUAGAACUUAAUUAUUGAGAAGGAAAUUAUGUUUUCUCUCUUCCCACUGAUGCUACAGUGUACCCUUACCUUAAACACAAUUAACUGUCUCUCCCUUGGCUGGCGCUCCCUGUCUAAGGUUGUAGCUCGUGUUUACAAAGUUGUUGAGGGACCGGAAUCUUGGAGGCUUGAUGGCACCAGUGUGUUAACUUAAGAGAGUUAUUUAUCUUUCGGUGAUUUCAAUAUCAGAGUAUUCUUUAUUUUGUUACAUUUUAUAUGUGUAGCUAAAAAAAAUGUAGUAAACUGUGCUGCUAAACUGCCAAUAUAAUUUGAUUUUAUAUUGAUGUAUAUUUUUGAAGGACAGCUUAAGAAAGCUGUUUACAUAGGUUAAUAUGAAGUAUAUGACCUUGUUGUCAAACAUGCAAGGUAGUCAUCUUGUUCAGGAAUUAUCCUGGUCAUUAUCUCAGUAACAAUAUCUUCAUGAGCGAUAACUACAUUGUAAACCUUUAUUUUUCCAGUACUCUAUAGCAUAUUCUUAAAGGGGUUCUGUUUUAGGCAACCUUCUUUAGAGGAACUGUCACCUCAACUGACAUUUUAGUAAAUACUUAAUUUUACAUGAAAUGACAAUUCUGGAGCACCUAUUCCCAUGACUCUUUGUUGUUAAAUUUUUGAAUAAAUUGACAAUUGGGUGUUACCAGUUAGGGGUAUGUUCUUGCACAAUCUGACACUGUCCAAUCAAUGCUGGCAGUGGCAGACUGUGCAGGGAUACACCCCUUGCCUUUCCCCUGGUAAGACCUAGUUGUCAAUUUACUCAUAAGUUUAUAGUAGGAAUAUCAAAAGAAUGAUGCAAUAUACAAUAAAAAGAUGCUCCAGAAUUGUUAUUUAACGGGGAAAGCAAGUAGUUACUUAAACUUGUCAGGAGAGGUGAUUUAUCUGUUAAAUAAAAAUUAAAAAAGCAGGUCUUCCUGAGAUCAAUGGGUCCCCCACACCCGGGAUUAUCUGCUGUCCCCCCAGUAAAUCACACAAGAAAAAAAAACAAGCUUUAGACAUCACCUAGAUUUCAGUAGACCUCAAGAGCUGAGAUAUGCACAGGGGUGGGGAGAACCAUUCAUGGGACCCUCAUGUACUAGCUACACAUGCCCUAAUGGAAAAUUAGAAAUUGCGUUAUCUGGUCCAAAUACUGCAAGGAAGGACUAGGGAAAUGUUAUUUUGAGCUGGUAUUCAUUUCAUUCAUUUUAAGCCAUGUAUGCAGAAAUAUAAAACAUAUAUACGCAUAAUGCUGGGUCCACUAAGAAAAACUCUGUCACUAGACUCUCCAACAUUUUUUAAUGCUGUAUUUUGAGAUUUAAAUAUUUUGUCAGCUGCCUAAAAAUAAUUUCUGGAAUAAUCAUUAACACAGAGGCAGUAUUAUAAAGGGCUUCUGGCAGCUUAUACGUAUAGAUGCACAUCCUUUGGAAUAACUCUGUCUAUGGUAGCCAUAAGCGAAUGCACAUUCAUGUCCUAGGUGUUGGGCAUGUAGAUGCUUGCCUAGUAACAUUUUAUGAUUUUUAUGCUAAAUGUGGACUCUAGCAACUGGCGCUCUAACAUAGAAUAGGAUCAAAGUGUCAUUAUACACUGCCAGGCUCUCUACAGCUACUGUCACUUAACACAUUGUCUGCUCACACACUCUCAACAUCCUUACUAUACAAUGAGAUAAUGAUAUCCAGGUGUGCUGUUAAGCCUGAAAAAAAAAACUAUGAUUUCCAUGCAGCCAUAAGCCUCACCGUAUGACUUUUUUAUUUUUCUCUGAUCAUACAAUUACAUGUGUAUUAUAUAAUGAUAUUAUCACUGUUUAUUAAUAGUGUCUAUUUUUCAGGUUUAUUUAACAUCUUAUAUCCAUACAUACUGGUUUUAGUAAUCACCCACUUGCUUUUCCUAGCUUUGAAUUAUGAAGGUGUGUAAUGUAUCAUAUUGUCCAAUGCUUUUGUCAAAUGUUCAUUGUACAGUAUAUCAUGUAAACAUUGUUGUUCAUUGUAGCUUUAUUGGUACAUUAUAGACUACCUGCCGUCUAAACUAGUCUUUCAAUGAUGUUGAACUUUAUUUUUAACUGACAAAGGUACAGUAGUAGCCUAAAUUGGUAUUGAUGUAUCUCCAUCAUACCUCUUGUCAAUCUUGCCAUAUGCUAGACACCUAACAUUGGCCCUUGGUCUGGGAGACGGAGAAAUUCUAUAAUUCGUUUUUUGUUUUGUUUUUUGUAGACAAUGAAGCAGAAAUGUAUAGAUAAGUACACUUCCCAAGAAACAAUAAAUGCCUGAUGUUAGGAGAGUGUUCUUUACAGCAUAGACUGAGACCCUCUAGGUGAACCUUUACUAUCAUUAAUGAUCAGUCCAACAUUGAGUUCAUGAACUAGCGCCAAGCAAUUGCAUAUCCAAAAUCGUACUUUUUUCACCGUUCGCGUUUUCUUUAUCAACAAAUAUCAUAAGCUCUCAGCAUACACUACUAGAUGGCCAUUUUUGAGGGUAGGGUUACAAACGAAGGACAUCCAGAAUGUUCCUCUGGUAGAUGUUACCUUUAAAAUCACAAAUGGCUGGUUUAUUUGUUUUUGCCCUUCUGUAGCUAGAUUUCCAUUGCCCCAAGUCUUUGGAGAAUUAAAGUUUACAACAUCAGCUAGCUAUGUUUUGAUAAACCUUUGUAGAACUUAUUGACUUUAAUAAUAGUAAUAAUAUGACCUGACAUAAUGGGGCAUAAUGUCAAUUUGUGACCAAUUAAUAUUAGUCACAAAGUUUCCCUCAUAUCAAAAGGUAAGCAGCUGAUCUAUAUGAAAGAGUUGCUGAAAAGCAUAUCAACAGUUAAAACAAUAGCAGACCUCUAGCGAGAACUUUUAGUUGCAUAUUUGACAUUGAAGUUGUCACACUAUCAGUUUUUAAGGCUGCCAGUAGACAUGUCAUUACAUCAUGAAUAGCUGAGGUUCAACUGCAAGGAUCCCACUAAGCGUUAAGUCAUGACUUCAGUCACAAGUUUAAUAGGCAGGGUUGGCCAUGCACAGACUUACUGGCUAAGGGAUAUACACAAAAUGCAGUGAGCUUGCAAAGCUAUCCCACCUCCCAUUCUUUUCACUGGGGACAUGUUCCUCCAAAACCAGGCCAUUUGCUCUUGGGAUUGGUGUAGUUUGCAUAUGUUAGAUCCUUACGGAUCACACAUUUACAGUAUGACUAUAGGUGGCUGUAUAUCUUAGAUGCCCCGCUAUACAUGCAUACUGUCUCUGAGCAUGUGAGUAAAGGAGAAUAAGCCUCUGUCAGACACCUCUGGUAGUGACUUAUCUUCUGCUGGAACAAAGGAUUGGCUAUAUGUUGAAAUCCAUUGUACAUAAUCUUUCCCUUGACAUCUGCCAUCAGUAGAGUCGGGACACCCCCAAACACAUUAGAUAGUUGUCCGGCCCCACCAAAAUCAAUGGGUUUGGUGGACAUUCAUCUAAUUUGUAUGGGCACCUUGACAUUCCGUAAAAGCAAUCUUAGGAAAAGACAAAAUAAAAUGAAAUCCCAUUAAGUGAUGGUAAUAUUGUCAAGGGCAAACUUAGAUUAGGGCUCCACUGGUCAAUAUACAUCUUAGGUGUUGGUGGAUUUAUAUGCUGUAAGGCUAAUAAGUAUAGUAUAGUAAUUUACUUAUUUCUCCUGCAUCAUUGACCGUAUAACCAUUUUGGAUUUUCAGCACCACCUAGUAUUCACGUCUCCUCUUCAUGUGUCUGUGCCAUUACUAUUAUUAUAACAGUUUGGCCAGGAUUACAUACAACCACAUGUCCAGUUGAUCUCCACUGUGCGAACUAACUAUAAAUGUGUACAUAGCCAAGACCAAUGUUACAAAGUUACAUCAACUGCAUGACUUUCCUUUCUGCUUCAUUGUCUGCUAUGUUAUUGGGUACCCCUCUUUAAUAUGUUCAUGACACCAGAGCUGGCUGUAUGUUUUCAGGGGGAAAAUAAGAUCAUGUUUCAUUUCAACCAUAAUAAUUAUAGUAAGUCUUUAAAAGGAUAAUAUUUGCAAUGCAAAGUGAAGAGCAGGCGGAGAAAUGACUAAAUAAAGAACCCACUCCCCUUUCAAAGCCAGUGCCUUUUAUCAGGUCGUGUGCCUUACAUGAACAGUCUUAAAGAAAGGAGUAAAACACUUUACAGGGGAAGGAAUUUGCAGGUUCAAGUGUAUGCGCAGUAACCAGAUCUGUAGUCAUUGUAUAUUGUAUUGUCCUCACUUACAUAUUGUAACAUUGUACUACCACUUGUAUCUGUUUGUGUGUGUACAUAAUUAUAUCUUUUUUGUAAUGUAUGUGUAAUGUAGCUUUCGUUUGCAUCUUGACUGUAAAGCCAGAUUUUGCUUUAUGGAAAUGUAUGACAUGAUGAGCUUUGCGACUUUUAUGCAGCAAUAUGUAGAUUUUGUUUUGAGUACACUGUUUUAAAAUGAGAAAUUUCAUUAAAAUUGUGUUUGAUCACA